GAAAAAACAAUAGUUUGCUUCUCAACCGUAAAAGAAAGAAAAAGCAGACGUGAGAGGAAGAUGAGACAAAAUUGCAGAUUCUCCCAUAAGAUGAAAAAGUGCAUUGGAAGGAUUCUUUGAGGAUCCCGUGAAAGCGGCUUCCUAAAUCCUAAUGCAUAUAUUAGAGAAAAUGGGUUAUUGUUCAUGCUUCGGGUGGAAGAAGGGGAUCAAGCUCAAGAUUAAGGACGAGAAAGAAUUCAAGCCUCAUCAGAACGUCUCAGAUUUUUCAUCUGUUGGACGAAAGACUGGUAAAGAGCUGAGACUGGAAUCACCAGUUUCAAAAGAUGUUUCUGGUACUGAUACUAACAUGAAGACAUUCAACUACCGAGAGCUUGCAACUGCAACAAACAAUUUUAAGUCUGACUCCCUUAUUGGGGAGGGUGGUUUCGGGCCAGUUUACAAAGGGCAAAUAGAAAACACUGAUUUGGUUGUUGCCAUUAAAGUGCUAAAUCAAACAGGUUUUCAAGGGGACAAGGAGUUUCUAGUGGAGGUUCUCAUGCUCUCUCUUCUGUGUCACCCUAACCUAGUCAAUUUGAUAGGUUAUUGUGCUGAAGGGAACCAACGCCUUCUUGUGUAUGAGUUCAUGCCUCUAGGUUCCCUGGAGUAUCACCUCCAUGAUCUUAGACCUGGUAUGGAACCACUGGAUUGGAACACUAGAAUGAAGAUAGCAGCGGGUGCUGCCAAAGGAUUGGAUUAUCUUCACAAUCAAGCAGAUCCCCCUGUCAUAUACAGGGACUUGAAGUCCUCCAAUAUAUUAUUGGGCGAAGGGUUUCACCCUAAACUUUCUGAUUUGGGGCUUGCAAAGUUUGCACCACAAGGGGACAAGUCACACGUCUCUACUAGGGUCAUGGGCACCCAUGGAUAUUGUGCCCCUGAGUAUGCUGAGACCGGAAAACUGACUAAGAUGUCUGAUAUCUACAGUUUUGGGGUAGUCUUGUUGGAGCUGAUUACUGGACAAAGGGCAAUCUUGGAUCCAACUGGCAAACGUAUGCUUGUUGAUUGGGCACGUCCCUUGCUAAAAGACCGCAAAAACAAUUUGCAAUUAGCUGAUCCGAAUUUGAAAGGCCAGUUUUCGGAGUCUGUUUUUUGCCGGGCUGUAGAGGUGGCAUCCAUGUGUCUUCGUAAAGAGGCUCCCUCUCGUCCUUGUACAGGUGACUUAGUGCUUGCUUUGAAUUACCUGGCUUCCCAGCAUUAUAAUCCAGAUGCAGUUCGUGCAAAUGGUGCUAGAGGAGACAAAGAUAGGACACAACAUAGAGAUGGACAAGUAAAUGAGAACAUAGUGGAUUCCAAUGGUUCUGAGAAUUCUCCAACUGAGAUGAGGAUGUCAAACAAGGAAUUAGAGCGGGAGCAAGCUGUUGCCGAGGCCAAGAUGUGGGGAGAGACUUGGAGAGAAAAGAAACGACAGAAUGCAGAAAUCGAUUAUGGUAACUUAGACAGGUAAUACCGCAGUAGCACAUGGCAGAAUAUUGGCUGUUCAGUGUUGGUGUUUAGAGGAAAAAAGAGAAACAAAUAAUUUGACUCUCCAGUUGAAUGUUGAGAACUUAUGCAGGGACUUUAGAAAUUUUCAUGCCAGAGGUUUUGGUUUAUCUUCAGUUUUUAGAUUACAUGGUAUCGGUGCUGGGUAUAAAUGCCAAUUUCCUUAAAGAAAUGAGUCUUUCGUGGGGAUAUCUAGUCAUUCUUGAGAAUCAUACAACUUUGAUCCUUUUCA